GUGUGUGUUAGUGUGGCUUCAGAUCAGACUCUGUCACAGUUAUUCCUCAUUAACGGAGAGUGUUUGUGUGUCUCAGGCCGUCGUAUAAAGACUGUAACACUCUUCACCUGCCGAUGGAGCGCUUCUCUCCCGUCAGACGCUUCUCAGACGGAGCCGCCACCAUCCCAGCCUUCAAGACCCAGCUGGAGAACAACAGCCUGAUCCGACAGCUCAAACAGGAGUGCGAGCAGCUGCAGAAGAUGUACGCGGCUCCGCAGGACGAGCGUCUGAUGGAGCACACACAGCAGCAGCACAUCCUCUACCAGCAGAUACAGGCCCUGUCUUUGGGACAUGGGGAAAACCAGCCCAGCAGUCACCUGACAUACCAGCUACAGAGGUUGCGUAUUCAGCCCUCCAGUCCUCCUCCUACACAUCCCAGCAACCACCUCUUCAGGCCAGCCAAUCAGAGCCCUCCUCCGGGCGGUCAGGGGAUGAUGCAGGCUCAUGGUCAGUGUGGGUCAGCUGGAUCUGUCGUUCGCAGUUUGAGUCGCUCCCACACUUCGGCAUACGAGCAGUUUAACCCGCACAUGUUUGGCGAGGGAGUUGUGAGCGGCGUCAUCGGCUCCUAUAACCCCUACCUGCAGGGGGCGUGUCUGAAGGUGCCGGGGCUGGAGGGCUAUCAGGGCUAUCCGUCUGCACUGCAGCAGGCUCUGCUGUCACCCACACCGCUGGAGUAUCGUCCGGCCCAGCAGCACGUCACACCCACCCUGCAGGGGCUGCUCUCGCCACGCCACUCGCUCACGGGUCACACUGACCCCCGUCUGCCUCCGCACGACCUCGCCGCACUGCUCAAGCGCCAGAGCCCCCGCCCGGCCCCGCCCCUUGCCACGGCCCCGCCCACCAACCCACAGGACUACGGGGAGAUGCUUCUGCUGCAGCGACUGGGCCAAGCUGCUGAGACCUUAGAGCCCGCCCCUCCACAAGCCCCGCCCACACAGCACUACCAUCACCUUCUCCAAAUCAGGCCCCCUGCCGAGUGCCCGGCCCCGCCCCUCCCUCACUCUGAGAGCAUGGAGGAGGAUGACGAGAUGCCUGCCUAUCACGAGGGCCUGCUGGCCAAAGCCGCCGCCCCCUGCGCUGAGGGACACGAGCUGCUGGCUCCGCCCCUCGGCAGCACGCCUCCAUACUCCUCCCCCACACACAGACACGCCUACAUCCACAGCUCCACGCCGCACAGAGAGGUGUGUGCUGAUGCUGCAGAGUGUCCGGUGAUGGAGGGAGAUCACAACGGCUACAGCUCACGCUCCGCACAGAGAGACACUUACAGACCACGAGCGUCAUUACAGAGACACCACACCAUCCAGACCUGCGACGACGCUUACGAGCAGGCGGAGCCCAUGUCUGGAAUGAGCUUAUUGGCUGGCAAGGCGCUAAGCUCCGCCCGCAUGUCGGACAUCCUCAGCCAAUCGUCUCUGACAGGAAGCCAGCAGCUGCAGCAGAGGGAGGGGUCAGUGUGUGACGUGGAGGCAGACGUUCACCCCGCCGCGUGCUUCCCUUCCUCCUGCACCAGUGACAUGCUGCUGAGCUACAAACCCCCGGAUCUGCAGUACAGCGUGGAGCAGGCCGGGGUCUAGUGAACACAGGGGUGUAUUUGCUGUAUAAAGCUCUUAUCGUCUGCUGUGUUGUGCUGUCUUGCCAAAUCCUCAUCGUCUGUCUGUCGGGUGUCGUGGGUGUGGCCUGCACGCAGGGGGCGGAGCUCUCGGCUUCCUCUUCCGCUGGGAGUGUCUCCGAUUGGCUGCAGCCCAAUAAUCAUCCGCCCCCCCCCACCCCAAACCCCUCCCACCGUUGCCAUAGCGACGCUCUGGUGCAGGCAAACACAGAGUCUUAUAUAAACACACACACACACGUCAUAACCAAACGCCACAAACCCAAAGUAUUGGACGUGAAGCCUGUGCUGCUGCGGAUCAUUCCGGUCUCCAUCCACAGACGACUCUCACUCGCUCUACACUCUCUUCACCUCUGCUUUGAUUUUUAACACAUUUUUAUGGCUAAUGUUCUGUAGAAAUUAUGAUCAUUAUUGUUCUUGUUUUCUGUAAAAUACAUUUUAUGGUUAUGACAUUAUUAAAAAAUGACGAUUAUUAUUAAAACCGUGCUAUGUUGCGAGAGAACAGCUGCGUUUGUUUCCUCACGGUGACUUUUGCACUUUCAGUUUUUGUGGUUUUUGUUUUGCUUCUCCUCCCGGUUUCUUGCUCUCCUCCUUCACUCCAUCCCUCCAUCCGUCUGUCCACAGGUGCAUUGUGGGUAGUCUGACAGAUCCUGUACUGCUCACAGACAAUCUUUUCUGUUUCAGAGCUUUAUUGGUUAUUUUUUGUGGAUGUUGUUGGGAUAGUUUUUGUAUAUUGUUGAUUUUACAGUUUUAUUUCUGUUCUGAUGUACUGACCGACUCUCUCUGAGUUUAAACCCAAACGCUGUGAUUGGACGAUUUCUUCAGUCUGACCGGUCCAGUAACGGUCACGUGAUCGUGUGAGAGUCUGAUGAAGAGAGCCAUCAUCCUCCUCAUCCUCCAUCUGUCCAUCUUCUCUUUUCCUUCAGAGCUUUGUCACUUUCUUCCAGGUUUUUUAUUUUUUUUGCUUUCUGUUUUUGGAAAAAAAUACUAAAGUGCAACAACAAUGGUUAAAAAGAAUCCAAAUAAACUGAGAGAAAUAAUAAAUAUAUAUAAAUAAAGAAAAGAA